AUGGAUAAUUGCUGCGGAACAGAUAGUACAGAUGAUAGGAUAUUCAAUGAAUUAUCUGCCGAUAAUGAAGAUGUUGCACCGAUGGAGGUGGAAUCAUUGUGCGUUAAUUGUCAACGAAAUGGUACCACCCGAAUACUUUGCACAAGGAUUCCUUUUUAUCGGCAAAUUAUUGUAAUGUCAUUUAGUUGUGGACAUUGUGGCUAUAGCAACAACGAGUUACAGAGUGGUGAAGCAGCACAAGAGCAUGGGAUCGAAAUUGUUUUACAUGUACAAAAUUUAUCGGAUUGGAACCGGCAAGUUGUAAAAUCAGAAUAUGCUGAAGUGGAAAUUAAAGAACUGGAACUUAUAAUUCCUCCUAAGUCACAAUCUGGUGAAAUUACGACCGUGGAAGGAAUUUUACAACGUGUGAUUACCGCUCUCAGUCAAGAUCAAAAUCGAAGGCGCCAGUGUUGUCCUGAAAGUGGUAGAAAAAUUGAUGAAUUUAUAAGACGAGUGGAAAAAUUAAUUAAUCUGCAAGAAAAAUUCACUCUGAGGAUAAGAGAUGUGUCCGGUAAUAGUUUUGUUCAAAAUCCCACUCCAUUCCAUGUGGAUCCACAAUGCAUCGUAACGCAUUUUAGCCGAAGUCUUUCUGAUAAAAAAUUGCUCGGAUUUGUGGCUGACGAUGUGGACGAAGAAGAUUCUGCUUCAUUCCAUUCAUAUGAUGAUGCAAAAAACGAAGUGUUGAGGUUUGCAACUGAUUGUCCUAAUUGUGGCGCUCUAACGCAGACAUGUAUGAAACCAACAGAUAUCCCGUAUUUUACAACAGUCAUUUUGAUGUGUACGGCUUGCGAUGCUUGUGGAUGGAAAUCGAAUGAAGUCAAAAGUGGUGCUGCCAUACGAGAACAUGGCUGCAGGUUAACUGUUUUGAUAGAAAAAGACAUUGAUCUUGCGCGAGAUGUCUUGAAAUCAGACACAUGUAGUAUGUCAAUUCCUGAACUUGAUUUGGAAGUGGGUUCUGGUGCCAUAUCAGGAAGAUUUACAACUGUCGAAGGUUUACUUGUGGCUACAAGGGAUCAACUCAAGGAACAAGGAGAGUUUUUCUUAGUAGGCGAUAGUAAGAGUGAAACAGAAAAUGAACAGAUGAAAAAAUUUCUGGAUAACUUUGAACAGAUAUUACGGUUGCGGAAGAAAGUUCGUUUAGUUUUAGACGAUCCAGCUGGUAAUAGCUAUAUUCAGAGUCUAAAUGCCCCAGCGGAUGACAGCCGCUUAAAAAAGGAAUUUUAUGAGCGUACCAAUGAACAGAAUGAUGAACUUGGCUUAAACGAUAUGAAAACAGAAAACUAUUCGGAAUUAGAAACUAUUAAUGAAUGUGAAUGA